AUGGGUUAUGUUCCAGGAGCUGGUUUAGGACGAAACGGUGAAGGCAUGAGGCACCCAAUCCUAAUAAUCGAUAAGCGAAAUCGUCAUGGUUUGGGCUUCGAUGAGAACAUGGGUUCUAAGGUUAUGAAAAAGAAGUCUCUCACUUUGAAUGGGCAAUUUGUGUUGCAAAAUGACACUGAGCCGCUUUAUGAGUUUCCUGAACCUUGGUAUGACUUGGAUAAAGAGAAAAUUCUCCCUGGGUUAGAAAUUUUCUUUGCAGAAGAAAGGAAUGAAGACUUUAUUAAGAAAUGGUUUGAUAAGAAACCAGUAUUUAAGAAAGAUUUUGAUUGGGCUGACCAUCUAAAGCAAGGAGUUCUAAGAGGCGACGGUUAUGAAACCGAUAGCUCAUCAUCCAGCCAAUCAUCUAUCCGUACACUGCCUAAUAUCCCAUAUCAUGAAGAUAUCGAUAAAAUUACUUGUAAACAUAUUUGCGUACAAGAAAUUGAUCUUGAUCAUGAAUCAUUUUCUAAUAAUGAACUUUUCAAUGAACCUAAAUCAUGUGUGACACCCAUGGAAGAGUCUAUAACUGUAAACACAGGUACGGAUAAUGAUGUAAAAGAAGUCAAGAUAGGAUCCUCCCUUUCCCUUGAUGAACAAAAUGCAUUUAUUAUUUUACUUAAAGAAUAUGUGGAUGUGUUUGCAUGGUCUUAUGCUGAUAUGCCUGGUGUCGAUCGUAGCAUUGCUGAACAUCGUAUACCACUCUAUCCCGAUAGCAAGCCAAAGCAACAAAAGCUUCGUAGAAUGAAUCCGGAAGUUAGUCUCAAAGUUAAGGAGGAAAUUCAAAAGCAGCUUGAUGCUAACUUCAUCAAACCAAUUAAGCAUCCGGAACGGCUGGCGAAUGUGGUGGUAGUGCCCAAAAAAGAUGGAAGGGUCAGAGUGUGCAUUGAUUUUAGGGAUUUAAAUUCAGCAUCACCAAAAGACUAUUUUCCUUUGCCCCACAUUGAUGUUCUGGUUGAUAACACUGCUGGACACGCCAUGUUCUCAUUCAUGGACGGAUUCUCGGGAUGUAAUCAGGUACUUAUGUCAGAGGAGGACAUGUCCAAAACUUCUUUUAUUACCCCAUGGGGAACCUUUUGUUAUAGAGCAAUGCCCUUUGUAUUAAAGAAUGCUGGGGCAACCUAUCAACGGGCGGCAACGACGAUUUUGCAUGACCUCAUCCACGAUAUUGUGGAGGUUUAUGUUGAUGACAUGAUUGUGAAAAGUCAUGAUCGUGAAACGCACCUUGAUGCUUUAAAAUCAUUCUUCGAUAGAUUUAGGAAAUACAAUCUGAGAUUGAAUCCUCAGAAAUGUGUAUUUGGAGUAACUUCGGGAAAACUUCUAGGCUUCGUCGUAAGUCAAGACGGAAUUAAGGUUGAUUCUGACAAGGUAAAGGCCAUACAAGAGCUUCCUCCGCCAAGGACGGAAAAGGAGAUUCGGGGAUUUCUUGGUAGAAUUCAAUAUAUUAGUAGGUUCAUAUCGCAAUUGACAACCCGGUGUGAACCUAUAUUCAAGUUACUUAAUAAAAAUGUUCCUACAAAAUGGAAUGACGAAUGUCAAGCCUCAUUUGAUUCAAUGAAAGAAUACCUCUCCAAUCCUUCGGUUUUAAUGCCACCGAAACCAGGGCAGCCCUUGAUAUUAUAUCUUACUAUUACGGAAACAGCCAUGGGAGCUCUUUUGGCACAAUACCAAGAGGGUACAAGGAAGGAAAUAGCUAUCUACUACCUCAGUAAAAAGUUCCUUGAGUAUGAAACUAGAUACACUCCUUUAGAAAGAGCUUGCAUUGCCCUUAUUUACGUGACAAAGAAUCUUCGACAUUAUUUACAAGCGCAUACUACUUAUCUGGUUUCGAGGUUAGAUCCAAUCAAGUACAUUUUUGAGAAGCCAAUCUUGAGUGAAAGAAUAGCAAGGUGGCAUGCGAUAUUGUCAGAAUUUGAAAUUCAGUGCGUGAAUCAAAAGUGUGUCAAAGGGAGGGCUAUAUCUGAAGCUUUGGCUGAUGGACCUAUAUCGGGUGAUGAAUUUGAUGAUGAUUUUCCAGAUGAACAUAUUUUCUGUCUUAGUACGUCACAAUGGAAGAUGUAUUUCGAUGGAGCCUCAAAUAGAAGGGGAAAUGGUGCAGGGGUAUUAUUGAUCGAUCCUUAUGGAGUACAUAUUCCUUUCGUUGUGAAGCUUAGUUUCCUAACGACGAAUAACACGGCUGAAUAUGAAGCCUGCAUCUAUGGAAUCAAAGCGGCAUUAGCAGCUGGUGCAAAAAAUCUCACAUUAUACGGUGAUUCUUAUCUGAUAAUUUCCCAGACUAUUGGAGCUUGGAAAGUUCGGGACGAAAGGUUGCAAAUGUACACAGAGUAUCUUCAACAAUUUAUCCCAUUCUUUGAAGAAAUAGAGUUCAAACAUCUCCCUCGCGAACUAAACAGUUUCACCGAUGCUUUGGAAAAUUUGGCGGUAAAUUUAACUUGGGAUGAUGAUGUGAAGGUACAGUCGGUAACAAUUGUAGAAAAAGAAAUUCCAGUGAUUAAUUUUAAACCAACAAUUGCUUUAUUAACCCAAGAAGAUUAUGAGGAUGCUUGGUAUAAUGAUGUUAAAAAGUAUUUAAUCAACGGAGAAUAUCCUGAAGGAAGUCACAAGAAGGAUCAAUUGGCUAUUCGAAGGCUGGCUUCUCAUUUCACAAUAUUGAAAGGUUUGUUGUAUCAUAAGAGUUUCGAUGGAAAUUUGCAAUUAUGCAUCGAUGGGGAGCAGACACAAAGGAUCAUGGAAGAGGUAAAUGGGGGAGAAUAUGGGCCUCACAUGAAUGGACGAAUGCUUGCUCGGAAGAUUCUGCGAGCAGGGUAUUAUUGGACCACUUUGGAAAGUGAUUGCAUCCAUUUCGUACGAACAUGCAAAAGAUGUCAGCUAUUUGCAAACCUUAAUCAUAUGCCGCCAGUUAGCCUAAAUAAUUUUACUUCUCCAUGGCCUUUUUCCAUUUAUGGCAUAGAUAUCAUUGGGCAAAUACAUCCGAAAGCUUCGAACGGGCAUCAAUAUAUAUUGGUUGCUGUUGAUUAUUUUUCGAAAUGGGCGGAGGCAUCAUCAUAUUCGAAACUAGGGCAAAACAAGUUUCAAAAUUUGUAA